GCGAAUCUCAGUGUCCAGUUCCUUUCCUCCCCAGAGACACCUCCAACCAUCCAUCAACCCAUGGCGACCACCCUCGGCAAGGUGAUGGAGGAGGAGGCGGCAGCGAUCCAGCCGAAGCAGGGAAGCGGCAAGGUCUUCUCCGUGUCCAGGCUGCUGACGAGGGACAGCUCAGCAGGCGCCGCGCCGUCCUUCAGGGUCUACUACGGCGUGGCCUCCGCUGGGGCCGUGCCGUUCCUGUGGGAGUCGCAGCCGGGCACGCCCAAGAACGACGCCGCCUCCGACGCCACGAUGCCGCCCCUCACGCCACCGCCGUCCUACUACGCGGCCGCCAAGGAGGACCCCCGCAGCCGCAAGGCCGGCGGUGGUGGAGGAAAGAAGGUGGGCAUCCUAGGGUACAUCCUGCCGAGGUUCGCCAUGGCGAGGCGCCGGACCAGGCCGUCUGGGUCCCCCACGUCGUCGUUUUCGUCCGUGUCGUCCUCGUCCUCGUCGUCAGCGUCGACCACGUUCUCGUCCUUCCGCGGCGCGCAGUCGCCAGCGUGCUCGUCGAUGCGUAGCGGCGGGAGCAGCAGGAUGCGCGCGCCUUCGUCGUGCUCGUCGAUGCGCGGCGGCCGCGGCUACGGCAGCAGCAGGAUGCACUCGUCCUCGGCGUCGUCGUUCUCGGACGAGGAUGACACGGCGGCGGCGGCGUUGGCGUGCUUCGGGGUGCGUGGCGAGAGCUUCCGGGCGCUCAAGGCCUGCCGCGUCGCCAUGACGGUGAGGAGCGCGCUGGGGUCCGUCGGUGGCGGCCAUGGCACCGCUCCGGUGCAGGCACAGAGUGUCAAAGCUAAUUAAACUCGCACUGCAAGAUGUCUGGUGUUAUCUGUUUCUAAGUGUGUUUCGGUUGAGCUUGUAAUACUACCAGUGUAUAUGGAAAUAAUCAAUGAGCAUGGCUAUACUGUACGCGUUUUCAGAA